UUUGUUACGAUUUCUAUGCACACUAUGUCGUUACGGUUACAAUGUUUAACGGACCUAAUCCAUACCUGGCUGCAAGUUGUAUUUUUGUCUUGCAGUAACAGUACAAUGCGUAGUAACAACACACGUCAACCAUACGACAAUGCUAUAGUCGACAAUAGCCUUUAUUCAGUUCGGUGGUGAUUCAAGCACACGGGCUGCAAUAGCGAAAACAAUUGGCAAGUAUCGUCGGAAAACAAUUUUUGCGACGUGGAACCACUAUCACAUUCCCACCAGCAAAAGAUAGAGAAAUUCCAUAACAGGAAUGGAAUGGUGGGUGGUAGCAGGCCCGGCCCUGUACAGGCGCAGCCUGCGCUGCCGCACAGGGCCUCGGAAUUCUAGGGGCCCAAUUUGUUUUUAUCAUCGAACAGAAAAAUAUGAAGAAAAAAAAUGGAAAACACACUAUCAAUGUAAAAUUAUGGCUGUGUUUAAAAAGAAAACACUCGCUCUUUUCCAUCAUAUGUUCGCUCUUCGCCUCUUUUUGUCAGAAAAGAAAAAAACAAAACAUCGCACCAUUGUUCCCACCCGUUUACAAUGACGUCGAUGGAAACAGUAAAACGAAGGCGGUGCGGGGCAGUUGUGUAGUUAAUGACUUUAAAUAUUGGGUUUAAUAUACUUCACCCCCUGCCAAUAUAGCGAGACUCGGUUUGCCCCCCCUGAAUGAUUUUUUUUUACCAAACGCCCCUUAUAAAAUCCAAAACAUGGAUUUACCACUCCUUGUUACCACACGAGCUGACUGGGCAAUGCAGCAUUGGACACGCUGGCGCUGACUGGACCCACCCUCAUAAAAUUAGGGUUCAUCUUUCCCUAUUUCCUUCUUCGUCCUUCUCUUGCUCCGCUUCCAUCAUCGCACCCUGCUCCAUCAUCGCAAACCCAUAUUCAUUUUCUUCACUCAGCCAUCUUCGUCAAUCCCAUAUUCAUUUUCUUCACUCAUGGCGGAAAGCAACUCGUAUAGCAGUGUCAACUCGUUUCAAAAUCCAGAUUUACCCAGAUGUGGCUGUGACAGACCCAUGAAGUUGUGGGUGGCCAACACGGUUCAAAAUCGCAAUCGCAAGUUCUGGAAAUGCCGCAAUGCUGGGUCUGUGAAUAGCUGUGAAUUGUUCUUUUGGGAUGAUGAAAUCAGAGACCAUAUCAAUGUGCAUAGGAUGAAACUACUAGAAUGUAAAAGCUGUGAUAUACUAUCAGUGAAGUUAGAGACCGCAACAAACAAAAUUGAGAAGUUGAAGAAGAAGAAUGCAAGUCAGACAAGUGUUAAUAUGGGGCUGAAGAAGACUAUAUUGAUUCUCUGUUUAUUGCUUAUUGGCAUAUUGUAUUACUUAGGUUAACAGCUCCUUGUUUGACAUUGUGUAUUUUGGUGGCAUUUGGAUGUAUAACCUUGUUGAAUUUAUGGCAAUAAAAUGAGUUAUGUUUUAUGUCAA